AUGUUGGCCAAUCUGCUCAUUGUCAUUACUGUCUCCCUCAGCCCCACACUGCCUGCUCCCAUGUACUUUUUUCUCAUCUACUUGUCCUUCAUGGAUGCCUUUUACUCACCUGGCACAACCCCCAAAAUGAUCAUUGACCUGCUGUACCAGAGGAGAACCAUCUCCUGGGGGUGCUGCCUGGCUCAGCUCUUUUUGUUACAAUUCCUGGGAGCAUCAGAGAUCAUUGUCCUCAUUGUCAUGGCCUAUGACCACUAUGUGGCCAUCUGCAAGCCUCUACACUAUACAACCAUCAUGAGACAGGGGCUCUGCCAGCACCUGGUGGUGGUGGCCUGGAUACGGGGAAUCCUACAUUCCACUAUGCAGAUUCUUAUUCUUUUCACGGUGAACUUGACCUUCUGUGGUCCCAAUGUCAUUGACCACUUCAUGUGUGAUUUCUUUUCAAUGUUGGAACUUGCCUGCAACAGCACCUACAAGCUUGGAAUGAUGGUGGCAACUAACAGUGGGGCCACGUGCUUGCUUAUUUUUUUCAUGAUUCUCAACUCCUACACAGUCAUCCUAAGCUCCCUGAAAUCCCAUGGCUCUGAAGGACGAUGCAAAGCCCUCUCUACAUGUGGCUCCCACUUUACAGUAGUGGUACUCUUUUUUGGUCCUUGUAUAUUCAACUACACACAUCCUGUGACCACUUACCCUGAGGACAUGUUGGUGGCUAUUUUCUUUACAGUCCUCACUCCCAUGUUAAAUCCUAUCAUUUACACAGUGAGAAACACAGAGGUGAAAAUUGCUAUCAGGAGUUUGUUGAAGAGGAUUGUAACUUAG